CUCACUCCCUUUGCUUUUGAUCCCUUGAAACCUUGCAAUUUGCAAUUUUCAUGAUUUUACGUUUCGAGACGGAACUGAAAGUUGAUGAUUUCCGGUGCAAUUUGUCUUAUCUUAGUAUUGUAAAAGUUUACUUUUUUUUUUUUUGGCUGUUAAAACUAAUCAUGGGGUGUGAUCUCGGUGGGGGUGGCUUUGAACUCACUCACUCGGUCACUCCGCACCGACAAGCACGUUGUUUCUGCACCUUAAUUAAAGCUUCCGAAACUUUACUAUUUUGCUGCCGAGGUUGUUUUUAGCAGUUAAUUCAUUAUCAUAGCUGUUGUCGCAUUGGAAAGCUCAUUCCUUUUCAUGGAAAAUCGCUUGGCUUGGCUUAUUUACGCAACUGGGUUUCGACAGAGAAGGCAGAAUUUUUUAUUUCUCUGGGGAUAUUAUGGAAAGUACAUCAAUGAAAUAUUGCCCCCUUUUAGUCUAAAAACCAGGAUGCAUGUCGUGAAUCUUGUGAUUGAUUUUUGGGAUCUUGAGCUUACCGUUCCUGCAAAAUUUAUUCUGCAUGCAUGACGAAGUUUCAUUGCUCAGGGCCUAUUUUACAGUCGCUAGCUAUCAUAUUAACCAAUCGGCAUCAGAUAAUGAGAAAUUUUGAUUUAUUUGAGACUCAUAAUAAAUCGAGGAAAAAAAUCCUCUUUGAAAUAUAAAAUACAGAUUUUUUCCGAGGAAAGUGUUUUUAUGAGAAAAAACAAAGGGUCGUUGAUUUGGACUUUCUUUCCAGCUACUUAUGAGAAAAAUCGUUGAUGUGGGGACAAAAAAAGAUAAAUUAUUGUAAUUAAUUGAUAUUAUGGUAAAUACUCGCGUGUGAUUAAUACUAAUUCAUAGGUUCGGCGCGAUCUAAUUGCUGAAAAUCCGCCUCCUUUUUAAUAUAUAUAUAUAUAUAUAUAUAUAUUAAUUACUAUGGUACAAAGGGCAUUCGGUUUUUUCAGUUCCCCCUGUUCGAAGGAAAAACAAGCGGCUAAAACCUUCCCUUGUUUGUCACUAAAAGGCCGUUUGACUUGUCGAUCACACGAUGGUGAAGAUCUGCUGCAUCGGAGCCGGCUAUGUUGGGGGCCCCACCAUGGCGGUCAUUGCCCUCAAGUGCCCCUCGGUUGAGGUGGUUGUUGUGGACAUCUCGGUCCCUCGGAUCAAUGCUUGGAAUAGCGACCAUCUCCCCAUCUACGAGCCUGGGCUGGACGAGGUUGUGCAGCAGUGCCGGGGAAGAAACCUCUUCUUCAGCACCAAUGUUGAGAAACAUGUCUCAGAGGCUGACAUAAUCUUUGUGUCGGUGAACACCCCAACUAAGACCCGUGGCCUUGGGGCAGGGAAAGCUGCAGACUUGACCUACUGGGAGAGCGCUGCACGUAUGAUCGCUGAUGUUGCAAAGUCAGACAAGAUCGUGGUGGAGAAAUCGACUGUCCCUGUUAAGACUGCUGAGGCGAUAGAGAAGAUCCUGACCCACAACAGCAAGGGGAUCAACUACCAGAUCCUUUCAAACCCUGAAUUUCUCGCCGAGGGGACUGCAAUUCAGGACCUCCUGAAUCCUGACCGGGUUCUCAUCGGAGGGCGAGAAACUCCGGAUGGGCAGAAGGCAAUUAAGGCAUUGAAGGAUGUCUAUGCCCAGUGGGUCCCAGAGGAAAGGAUCAUCACGACCAAUCUCUGGUCCGCCGAGCUGUCGAAGCUCGCAGCUAACGCGUUUCUGGCGCAGAGGAUCUCAUCUGUGAAUGCCAUGUCGGCACUCUGCGAGGCUACCGGGGCUGAUGUGUCUGAGGUCUCAUAUGCUAUUGGGAAGGACUCGAGGAUCGGGCCCAAGUUCCUGAACGCAAGUGUCGGUUUCGGUGGUUCAUGCUUCCAAAAGGACAUCCUUAACCUCGUCUACAUUUGUGAGUGCAAUGGCCUCAGUGAGGUUGCCUGUUACUGGAAACAGGUCAUCAAGGUGAACGAUUACCAGAAGAGCCGGUUUGUCAACCGGGUCGUCUCGUCCAUGUUCAAUACCGUCUCGGGGAAGAAGAUCGCGAUCUUCGGGUUUGCCUUCAAGAAGGACACUGGGGACACGAGGGAGACCCCAGCAAUCGACGUCUGCAAGGGCCUUUUGGGGGACAAGGCGAGCUUGAGUAUUUACGACCCGCAGGUCACAGAGGACCAGAUCCAGCGGGACCUCUCGAUGGGCAAGUUUGACUGGGACCACCCGAUCCACCUCCAGCCCGUGAGCCCGACCUCGAUCAAGCAAGUGAGCGUGGUGUGGGACCCGUACCAGGCGGCGAGGGACGCGCACGGGCUUUGCAUCCUGACUGAGUGGGACGAGUUCAAGAGGCUCGAUUAUGAGAAGAUCUAUGAGAGCAUGCGGAAGCCGGCUUUCGUGUUUGACGGGAGGAACGUUGUCGAUGCGGAGAAGCUGAGGGAGCUGGGUUUUAUCGUGUACUCGAUCGGGAAGCCGCUGGAUCCGUGGCUGAAGGACAUGCCUGCCUUGGCGUGAGGGCAAUAAUAAUAGGGGAGGGAAAGGUUUAAAGCUUUCAAGUGCGUCUUUGCUUUUUCUAACUUUAUGUUCUGAUUUUCUCAUUCUUUAAUAUCUUUAGAUAUCAAUAUGCUGAGAAAGAUCGAGAGUCAGAGGCGUUAUAUUUAUAUAGUCGAAAAGCCAUAUCAUUAUUAUUAUUAUUAUCAUUAUUAAAUCAUCAUAUCAUCAUCAUUAUUUGUUAGUGUUAUUAGUACUAGGUUUAUAGUUACUAUCAUAUUACAUGUACUGUUUCUGGCUUUUAUCUACAGAAUAAGAACUUCAUGUGAGUUCUUCUA